GCCGCGGCACCCCGCGACCCACCGAGAGCGCAGUUCUGUUAGAUAGCUACACACCGAUAUAUAUAUAUAUAUAUAUAUACAUACAUAAACACACACAUAUAUAUAUAUAUAUAUCUUUACACAGCUUUGCGCGACUGUGCAACAAGUCCGAGAUAUAGGCUGUAGCUCUCCCGCCCCGGUUGGCUGCAUGGCUACGCGAGAGUUUCAUGGAUGAACUUGGAAAACUUUUUCUGACUUUUCCUAUCGGAGCUCGCCGCUUCUAGCCACUGUGGAUUACUGAACACACCGCGGGACUCCGUUGCGGGUGACCUUUGGCAGCCUGUUUACCGGGGGGUUCCCACUGCUGUGUUUUCUGCAGAGGCCUGAGCCUUGACGCCCGUCCUUCGCCGACAUGGGGAGCAAAGCCCUGCCCGCGCCGAUACCCCUCCACCCGUCCCUGCAGCUGACCAACUACUCCCUCCUGCAGGCUGUCAACACCUUCCCCGCCGCUGUCGACCAGCUCCAAGGACUGUACGGCCUCAGCGCGGUGCAGACCAUGCACAUGAACCACUGGACAUUUGGCUACCCGCACAUGCAAGGACUGAGGUCAACCAUAACCGAGAUGGCAGCUGCCCAGGGUCUAGUGGACCCCCGCUUCCCCUUCCCCGCGCUACCGUUCGCGGCCGCGGCGCACCUCUUCCAUCCGAAGCAAGGUGCCGUCACGCACGUAAUCCCGGCGCUGCACAAGGACAGGCCCAGGUUUGACUUUGCCAAUCUGGCUAUCGCGGCCACCCAGGAGGACCCGCCGAAAGCCGCGGACCUGGCAAAGCUGACGGCGGGACUCGGGGGCACCAUCUCCGAGCUGAGCAAGCUCUCCCCGGAUAGGAAGCCCACCCGGGGCAGGCUCCCGUCCAAGACGAAAAAGGAAUUUAUUUGCAAGUUCUGCGGCAGGCAUUUCACCAAGUCCUACAACCUCCUCAUCCACGAGAGGACCCACACGGACGAGCGGCCGUACACGUGUGACAUUUGCCACAAGGCCUUCAGAAGACAGGAUCAUCUCAGAGACCAUAGAUACAUCCACUCCAAGGAAAAACCGUUCAAAUGUCAAGAAUGUGGGAAGGGAUUCUGUCAGUCUCGAACUCUAGCCGUCCAUAAAACCUUACAUAUGCAGGAAUCUCCUCACAAAUGCCCCACAUGCGGAAGAACCUUUAAUCAAAGAAGUAACCUGAAAACUCACCUUCUCACCCAUACAGACAUCAAGCCCUACAGCUGUGGCCGCUGCGGAAAGGUGUUUCGGCGCAACUGUGACCUGCGACGGCACAGUUUGACGCACACUCCCCAUCAGGACUACUAGCCAAGUCCCACACAGGGCUGGACACCCACACAAACACACUCAUUACCAAUGGACAAAAACCACAAGAGGACACGUCAACGGCUCCUAUUUGUUGUGGCUUUUUUUUUUUGGUGUUUGUUUGCGGAGACAGUAUCAAAAAGCGGGACAUUUGACCUUGUAAGAAAUGGGAAUGGGUUACAGCCUCGGAGCCACGCCACACCUUUCAUAUCACCUGUAAAUAACUAGACCAUGUAAAUAAUGUUUUAUUUUUUAUUUUCCUGACCUUGAAAUGAAAUGUUGUUCAAAAAAAGCAGCCAUAAGUUUUAAAGUAUGUAAAAUUGUAUUUUAGCAAUAAAGCAAG